UCCAACAUUCGUCCAGGAGAAAAUGUGAGCUUCAUGUAGAGGAAAACCUCUCGUCUUCUUCAUCAACAUGGAACUUCUCUGCGUUCACUGGGAUUAAAAAGAAAAAGAGAGAAAAAGAUGGAGAACCAGAGUGAGUCAGUCCACAGCAACAGUGUGAAGCUCCCGGCCAAACUCAUCCUGGGUGUAGGUGUAGACAACUUUAUUUCUCUCCUCAUAUUUGGGCUGAUUUUUAUCCUCGGUGCGCUCGGGAACGCGCUGGUGAUCACGGUGCUGGCGCGCAGUAAACCGGGUCAACCGAGGAGCACGACCAACAUCUUCAUCCUCAACCUGAGCGUGGCGGAUCUGUCCUACCUGCUCUUCUGCGUCCCCUUCCAGUCCACCAUCUACAUGCUGGACACGUGGGUGCUGGGCGCCUUCAUCUGCAAGUUCAUACACUACUUCUUCACCGUGUCCAUGCUGGUCAGCAUCUUCACUCUGUCCGCGAUGUCCGUGGACCGCUACGUGGCCAUCGUGCACGCCAGGAGGUCGUCGUCGAUCCGGGUGGGCAGACACGCGCUGCUCGGUGUCCUGCUCAUCUGGAUCCUGUCUCUGGUGAUGGCAGCGCCCGUGGCGCACUACCAGAGCAUCGUGGAGCGAGAGGACAACACCACCUUCUGCUGGGAAGUGUGGCCCGGCCACCAGAGGAAGGUGUACGUGAUGUGCACCUUUGUGUUCGGUUACCUGCUCCCGCUCGUCCUCAUCUCUGUCUGCUACACAAAGGUUUUAAAACAUCUGCACAAGAAGCUGAGAAACGUCUCUAAAAAGUCAGAGCUCUCCAAAAAGAAGACUGCUCAGACGGUGCUGGUGGUGGUGGUGGUCUUCGGCCUGUCGUGGCUGCCUCACCACGUCGUGCACCUGUGGGUGGAGUUUGGCUCCUUUCCGCUGAACCAGGCCUCGUUCCUCUUCAGGAUGGUGGCUCACUGCUUGGCCUACAGCAACUCGUCCGUCAACCCCGUCAUCUACGCCUUCCUGUCGGAGAACUUCAGGAACUCCUACAAGCAGGUGUUCCACUGCCGCACGCCGAGCGAGUGUCCGCUGCAUGACACCCGCGACCACCGCAGCAGGAUGGAGCCCGCGGCUCCGCCUGCCAACCUCAGCGUGAACCACAAAGGUCACGACUCUCAUAUCUGUAAGAUGCUUUGAUCCUGAGAGCGCCCCCUGUUG